AUGAGUGAUAUCGUCAUCAACGCCGAUACCUUCUUCGAUCGUUUAUCUACUCUCUAUAAUGCCUGGAAGACUGACAAGAGAUCUGGAGAUGGAUCAUUCGGUGGCACGGACACCAUUGUCAUCUUGACGGGAAAGGCCGAUCAACAAGACACUCAAUAUAUCAAAAACAACGCAGUCCAUUUCUGGCUUUUCGGCUACGAAUUCCCUGCGACCCUGAUGCUUUUUACUCCCGCAGUCCUGCAUAUCGUGACAACCGAGAAGAAGGCCAAACACCUGCAAAAUCUCAAGAAUGGCAAAAUCCCCAUCGAGAUACUCACAGUUCAUGCGAAGCAACCCGAGACUAGAACUCAAGCAUUCGAGAAAUGCAUCGAUGUUAUCAAGGGCGCCGGCAAGAAAGUUGGUGUCAUUCCAAAGGCUGAAGUACAUGGACCAUUCGUCGAUGAAUGGAUGAAGAUGUUUGGUGAUGCCUCCAAAGAGAUCGAGGAAGUUGACAUUUCUCCUGCCCUUUCUACCGCUUUCGCAGUCAAAGACGAGACUGAAUUGAGAGCUAUGCGGACCGCCGCUCGAGCAGCGAGCGCCGUGAUCUCGGAUUACUGGGUCGAUGAAAUGUCAGAAGUUUUGGAUCAAGAGAAGAGAGUUAGCCAUCGUGCUCUUUCGGAUCGCAUGAUGAAGAAGAUCGACGACACCAAAUUCUUCACCAAAGGCUCCAAACUUCCCAGUGACUUCGACAAUCAACAAUUGGACUGGGCAUAUGGACCUAUCGUACAAAGUGGUGGCCAAUACGACCUCAGGAUGACCGCCCAACCAAACGAUGACAACCUUCACUCCGGAUGCAUUGUGGCCGGAUUGGGAUUCAGAUACAAGACAUAUUGCUCCCUUCUGGCCCGAACAUAUCUAAUUGACCCAAGCAAAUCGCAAACUUCCAACUACAAGAUUCUUUUGGCUGCACACGACGCUGCACUGAACGAGAUCAAAGAUGGCGCUGUCGUAAAGGACGUGUACAAUAAGGCCCUGGGCGUCGUCAAGUCCAGGAAACCCGAAUUGGAGAAGUAUUUUGGUAAAGAUGUCGGAGCAGCGAUCGGCAUUGAAGUGAGGGAUGGAAAAUUCCUCUUGAACGGCAAGAAUAUCAAAACUCUUAAGGAUGGUAUGACUGUUAGUGUCACCACAAGUCUUUCUGAUCUCACCAACGACAAACCUCAAGACAAAAGGGGUACCAAUUAUACUCUUGUCUUGACCGACACUGUGAGAGUCACUAGGGGGGAGCCAGUUGUUUUCACCAAAGAUGCGUUAACCGAUCUCGACUCCAUCGAAUUCUAUUUCAAGGAUGAUGAGGAAGAGACGAAGCUAAAGCAAGAGAAGACCAAGAGGCCUGGAGCUAGUGCGAUUGUAGCCUCGAAUAUCAAGUCAACGCGACUUCGGGGUGCCAACCGUCAGGAUAAUGCCAAGGAGGAAGAAGAAGCACGACGACGUGAACAUCAGAAGGAGCUUGCUGCGAAGAAACAGCGAGAAGGUCUCGAGAAGUAUGCCGAGGCCACCGGAGACAUGAAUGGAGAAAACGAGAAGAAGUUCAAGAAGUUCGAAUCCUACAAGAGAGAUGGUCAACUCCCUCCACGCUGCAAGGAUAUGAUUGUUUGGGUCGACAUCAAAGCUUCAACAGUCAUUCUUCCCAUUAUGGGUCGACCGGUUCCAUUCCAUAUCAACACCAUCAAGAAUGUCAGCAAAUCUGAUGAAGGCGAGUACACACACUUGCGAUUCAAUUUCUUGUCUCCAGGCCAAGGCGUGGGGCGAAAGGACGAUCAACCGUUUGAAGAUCCUCAAGCCCAUUUCGUUCGAUCGUUGACCAUUCGUUCCAAAGAUCAAGAUCGUCUAUCGGAAGUGUCGGCCCAAAUCACUGAACUACGCAAGUCAGCUGUUCGCCGUGAACAAGAAAAGAAGGAAAUGGAAGAUGUCGUCGAACAGGAUAAGUUGAUCGAGAUACGCAAUCGCCGACCUAUCAAACUUCCCGAUGUCUAUCUUCGACCCGCGCAGGACGGCAAACGUGUCCCUGGAGAAGUCGAAAUUCAUCAAAACGGUCUGCGAUAUUUAUCACCACUUCGAAACGAUCACGUCGACGUUGUGUUUUCCAAUGUCAAGCACUUGUUUUUCCAACCCUGCGUUGGUGAAUUGAUUGUGCUGAUCCACGUCCAUCUCAAGAAUCCCAUCAUCAUCGGCAAACGCAAGACGAGAGAUGUCCAAUUCUACCGUGAAGCUACCGACAUGGCUUUCGAUGAAACCGGAAAUCGUAAACGAAAGCAUCGAUAUGGUGAUGAAGAAGAAUUUGAACAAGAACAAGAGGAGCGAAGACGAAGAGCUGAGCUCGAUCGACUCUUCAAAGGAUUUGCUGAGAAGAUAUCCGAUGCUGCUAGAGAGUACAACAUUGCAGUUGAUAUCCCAUUUAGAGAACUCAGCUUCAAUGGCGUCCCGAACCGAAGCAAUGUUCUCAUGGCGCCGACGACGGAUGCAUUGGUGCAAUUGACCGAGCCACCGUUCACGGUCAUUACCCUUGAUGAGAUUGAGGUUGCUCAUCUCGAAAGAAUCCAGUUUGGUCUCAAGAAUUUCGAUCUGGUCUUUGUGUAUAAAGACUUCCAUCGACCACCAACUCAUAUCAAUACUAUUCCGGUCGAAUCAUUGGAUCGUGUCAAAGAAUGGUUAGACAGUGUCGAUAUUGCAUACACGGAAGGUCCCCUCAACUUGAAUUGGGGCACAAUUAUGAAGACCGUCACCACCGACCCACAUCAAUUCUUCAAGGAUGGAGGGUGGAGUUUCUUGGCCACCGAAUCUGACUCAGAAGGAGAAGAGGAGUCCGAGGAAGAGAGCGCAUUUGAAAUGAGUGACUCUGAUCUCGCGGCCAGCGAAUCGGAGAGUGAUGAUGACAGUGAAUUUGAUGACGACGCCAGCGCUAGUGACGACGAGGGCGAUGCCGAUAGCGGACUCAGUGAUGAAGGAGAGGACUGGGAUGAAAUGGAGAAGAAAGCCAAGAAGGAAGAUCGAAGAAACGGGAUGGAUGAUGAGGACAAGGGUGGAAGAAAGCGAAAGAGAUGA